AGGAGACAAUCAGACAAUUAAUUAGGUAAAAAUAAUGUGAAUGGAGCGAUUAAUGGUAGGGGUACAAAGCAGUGAGCACAAGGUACACACAACAAAACUGUGCGCGGGAAAAAGAGAGUAAUGAUUAUGGUGAGUAGGAUUUUAUAUUCCAAUUUUCAUCCAUAUUCUCUUCCGCACAAAGGAGAGAGAGAGAGAGAGAUGGUGAGUAGGACUAGGAGAGGCACAGGGAGAGGGGAAAGUGAGAAGAUGAAAGGGGAAGAAGAAAGCGGUGAUAAGGGAGGUGGAGGAGAGUAUGAAGAAUCCAGAGCACAAAGAAUCAAGGAAAACAUGGAGAGAAUGAAGAGCCUGGGCAUUGCUGAUCUUUCCAAUCAGCUCAAGACUCGCCCUUCCUCUUCCACUCUCCGCAAAAACAAGCCCCAGCGCCCACCUUCAGAUGAUCCUCUGCGCCGCUCUUCUAGGUUGAAAGAGGUGCCGCGACCGAGUUACUCGGAGAAGCGAUCUCCCAAAAAGGCGCAUUCCUCCUCCUCACAGAAGGUGGAAAUCCACAUUCCAGCAGGUGAGAAUCCUGAGAUUUACACGGAGGAGCACGAGAAGCUGUUGGGUGACUCCGUGGCUGAUUGGACUCUCCAAGUUGAUGGAUUUGACGAAGACGGAGUGCGUAUAUACGAUCCCUAUCUGGGCAAGUCUUGCCACCAAUGCAGACAGAAGACUCUCGGACUGCGCACCGCGUGCAGCAAGUGCGACACCGUUUCAGGCCAGUUUUGUGGAGAUUGCUUAUACACGAGGUAUGGGGAGAAUGUGACUGAGGUUAAUUUGAAGCAAGACUGGGUUUGCCCUGUAUGUCGUGGAAUAUGCAAUUGCAGUCGCUGUAGAAGAGAUAAAGGGUGGAACCCUACUGGAACAAUCUACAAGAAGGCACAUAAGCUUGGUUUCAAAUCUGUUGCGCAUUACCUCAUUUACACACGUCGCGAGGGAGCAAUUGACGCUGCUGAAACUCCAUCUGGUGAUGAAAAGGAAGGACCAUCUGAUGCACUUCCAGAGUCGGGACGCAAAAUACCACAAGACAUGGAACAGGAUAGUGACAGUGACUAUGAAGGAGAUCAUGAGCAUGAUGAAGACUAUGAGAAGAUAGAAUGAGUCUACCUUUGGAGCUUAUAUUUGCUGGGUAGGAGGCUAUAAAAAGCCCUUUGUUUUGACAAGUAUGCACGACAGCAUGCUGGUGGUUUUUGUACCAUGAAAAUGAGUUAUAUGGAUUAGUAGAGAUUUCCAAAGAUACUAUAGAGUCUAUAGUAUUAGACUUUAAUCCAUCCCUCCUAGAAUCACACUGCUCCAUUUGUUUCCUUGAAGAUUAUAUUUGAUUAUGAUGAUCUUAGAAAUUCCUCUGUCAAA